CCGAGCAGCCGGGCACCAACUCGUCUGAAACUUGCGAGCAGUGGUGGGCGAAGCCACCGAGGAUGGGGUGGUGCGGCCGCGGCUCCGGGCCGCCGCCGUCGCUGCUGCUGCUGGCGGUGCUGCUGGCGGUGCCCGGCGCUGGCGCGGCCCCGCGCUCGGCUCUCUACUCGUCCUCUGACCCGCUGACGCUGCUGCAAGCGGACACGGUGCGCGGCGCCGUGCUGGGCUCCCGCAGCGCCUGGGCGGUGGAGUUCUUCGCCUCCUGGUGCGGCCACUGCAUCGCCUUCGCCCCUACGUGGAAGGCGCUGGCCAACGACGUCAAAGACUGGAGACCGGCGCUGAAUCUCGCUGCCCUGGACUGUGCUGAGGAGACCAACAAUGCAGUCUGCAGAGAAUUUGACAUCCCUGGCUUCCCGACUGUGAGGUUCUUUAAGGCCUUUUCCAGGACCGGCUCAGGAGCUACCCUGCCAGUGGCUGGUGCCGAUGUGCAGACGCUGCGAGAGAGGCUCAUUGAUGCCCUCGAGACCCACAGUGACACGUGGCCCCCCGCCUGCCCCCCGCUGGAGCCCGCCAGGUUGGAGGAGAUUACUGGAUUCUUUGCAAGAAACAGGGAAGAGUACCUGGCCCUGAUCUUUGAAAAGGAAGGCUCCUACCUGGGUAGGGAGGUGGCUCUGGACCUGUCCCAGCGCCAGGGCAUAGCAGUGCGCAGGGUCCUGAACACAGAGCGCGACGUGGUGAGCAAGUUCAGUGUCACCGACUUCCCGUCUUGCUACCUGCUGUUUCGGAACGGCUCUUUCUCCCGGGUCCCCGUGCUUAUGGAAUCCAGGUCCUUCUACACCGCUUACCUGCAGAGAUUAUCCGGGGUCAUCAGGAAGGCUGUCCCGACCACGACUGUGCCAACCACCACCCGCACGGUAGCUCCCACUGUGUGGAAAGUUGCCGAUCCCUCCAAGAUCUACAUGGCUGACCUGGAAUCCGCACUGCACUACAUCCUCCGGGUAGAAGUGGGCAAGUUUUCCGUCCUGGAGGGGCAGCGCCUGGUGGCCCUGAAAAAGUUCAUGGCGGUGCUGGCCCAGUACUUCCCCGGCCAGCCCCUAGUCCAGAACUUCCUGCACUCCGUGAAUGACUGGCUCAAGAAGCAGCCACGAAAGAAAAUUCCCUACGGUUUCUUUAAGACUGUGCUGGACAACAGGAAGGAGGGUGCUGUGAUUGCUGACAAGGUGAACUGGGUGGGCUGCCAGGGGAGCGAGCCGCAUUUCCGGGGCUUUCCCUGCUCCCUGUGGAUCCUCUUCCACUUCCUGACCGUGCAGGCGUCUCGGCAAAGCGUAGACCCCUCGCAAGAAACCGCCAAGGCCCAGGAGGUGCUCCAGGCCAUCCGGGGCUACGUACGCUUCUUCUUUGGCUGCCGAGACUGCGCUGCCCACUUUGAGAAGAUGGCUUCUGGCUCCAUGCACCGGGUGGGGAGUCCCAACAGCGCUGUCCUCUGGCUCUGGUCCAGCCACAACAAGGUCAAUGCUCGCCUCGCAGGUGCUCCCAGCGAGGACCCCCAGUUCCCCAAGGUGCAGUGGCCGCCCCGGGAGCUCUGCCCCGCCUGCCACAACGAGCUGCGGGGUGCGCCCGUGUGGGACCUGGGCAACAGCCUCAACUUCUUAAAGACCCACUUCUCCCCGAGCAACAUCGUCCUGGACCUUCCUUCCGCCGGGCUGGGCCCCCAGAGGGGUGCACAGAGGAUGGCGGUCAACCCAGAGCAGGUGGAGCUGGAGCUGGCCGCUGGAAAUUUUACUCUGGGGCCCCCCGAGAAGGUUGAGAUCAUGUUGGGCCCAGGGACAGAGUCCCCUGGAGCCACCAUCCCAGAUGUUCCAGCAGAGGAACCUGGGGCCAGUCACCCCCAGGAGAUGCAGGAACCUCCCGAGUACAUAGCGGAGCUUCAGAGGGAUGAGCUGGAGCAGCCAGUAGGGCAGCAGCGCUUGACCAGGCGAGACACAGGAGCCGUGUUGCUGGCUGAGUUCCUGGCUGAGAAGACCCUCCCCAGAGGCCCUUCAGAGCUGAGGCGGGUGGGCCGCAGCUCCAAGCAGCUGGCCAGCAUCCCUGAUGGGGAGCCAAAGCCUGGGGCCAUGCCGGGCCGAGGCCAGUGGCUGCAGGUGCUGGAAGGGAACUUCUCCCACCUGGACAUCAGCCUCUGCGUGGGGCUCUACUCCCUGUCCUUCAUGGGCCUGCUGGCCGCGUACACCUACUUCCGGGCCAGGAUAAGGGCCCUGAAGGGCCAUGCCAGCCACCCCGCAGCCUGAACGGUCUGACUCGGGAGGGGGUGGGAUAGGGAGCUGCUGGCCCUGGGCUCUUCCAGCCCCCUGCCCCCUCCCCUCCCCCCUUGCUCCUUGUCCAAGGAAAUCCAGGAAAACCAGUUGCUGCAGUGAACCUCCCUGGGGCUUCUCGAAAGGACGGUCCAUAGUCAGAGACAUACACAGGGUCCAGGUCCAUCUGCCAGCUCGGGGAUGGGGGUGGGGGGGGCAGGCUUGGGCAGUGCGGUUGGGAGGCUCCGUCCUUGGCAUCUCAGCACCAAAUUCCUCUUUUUCAGCUUAUUUGAAGUCCUGCCUCCUCCUCCUUGAAGCUUCAAUGUCUCCCGCUUGGUGUUGGCCUUAAACUGGGGCAAAUGAGGCUGCCGUUGCCAAGGUUUCCCAUCUCCAGAGGAGGCUCCGGGGCUGGGGGGCCCGGGAUUCCUCACUACAUCCUGGACUCUGUCCAUCCUGCAACUCAGAGUCCUUUGCACCAGCGAAGGAAGGACUGCUUCUGGCUCCUGUGCCAGCCCCUCAGACUCUCUGGGGGGUGGGGGGUGACUUUAGGGAGGGCUCUGGAAGCUUCUGGAAGUAUGCUGGUCUCCCAGGUGAGGUCUGUGGGAGGAGAGCCUCUGGCUGGCUCACCCCGGACCUCUGCGGCAGGAAGCCUAUGGACUGGAAUUGGUGUGAUGAUGGUUUGGGGCCAGGAGGGAUGGCUGGCUUGGCUCGGCGGGACCUGACGUGGGGGGUGGGGUGGGGGGGGAUGGUGUGGGAGGGAUGUUGGGGUCUCUAGUGCCUUCGCUGUGACAGGGCCUGUGAAGUGUUUGCUUCCAAUGUGCUUUGGCUUCUCCCCGUUGGGCUCGACCCUUCUCAAGCUGGGUCUUUUGUCUUUUGAUUUUAGUCUCCAAAAUAGAUGCUCAUCUUUGGCUCCGGAGGGAGCCGAAGCAAGGGGAGUAUCGCCCCUCUCAAGGGUCCACCUCCUGUGCAGAGGUUAAAAGGGUCAGAGGGGGGUGAUGCUGCCCACAUGCUUGAUUCCCACUCUGCCCCACUGCUAGGGAGGGCUGUGGAAUAAAUUAUUUUUGUUAAGGCAA